AUGACGACGCCAACCGCGACCACCGCUCAGCCCCUGGUCUGGUCCCCCACCCCGGACGAGAUCCAACAGACCUCGCUCGACAAGUUUCGCCGUCUCGUCAACGCCCGCUUCCAGCUCAACCUCACCACCUACCACGAGCUGCACGACUUCUCCAUCAGCCGCCUCGAAGACUUUUGGGCCACCGUAUGGGACUUUGCAGGAAUCAGAGCCUCGGCUCGAUUCGACAAGGUGCUGUCCGACCCGAAUGCUCUGCCCGGUGACCUGCCGACGUGGUUUCCGGGUGCCUCGUUCAGCAUGGCGCAGAACAUCCUCUUCCCGCUGCAUCCAGCCAACACGACCUUUUGCUCGCCGAAAGCGCCGUACCACUGGCCACCUGCUCAGGCGGUGGCGCUGAUCGAGGUGCCAGAGGGUGGAGGACUCGCUGAUUCCGAUGCCAAUGCGCAGGCCGUCAAAGUGACGUGGGGAGAGUUGAGGCGGCGAGUGGCGCUUCUUGCGGAGACCUUUAGACGCAUUGGAGUUAAGAAGGGUGACCGACUGGCACACGUGUCCGCCAACACGACCUCGCCGGUCGUCGCAACGCUCGCAGCCAACAGCGUGGGCGCCAUCUACUCGCUUAUCGCUACAGACGCCGGACCGCAAGCCAUCUACGGCCGCCUCGCGCAGAUCCGCCCCAAGCUGCUGUUCACCGACGACGCGGUGGUAUACAACGGCAAGCAGGUCGACAUCCUCCCGCGCGUCGCGGAUGUCGCAGAACGCCUCCUGGCGGACGACAAGAUCGAUUCGCCGCUCCAAUUCCAGGUCGUCAUCAUCCGCAACGCUCGUCUGCCCUCCGUCUCUCCGGCAUGGUCUUCGAGCAAGGUGCGCGGGCUGGAGAUGGACGCAUUCAUCCGCCAGACCGGGCUGCAGCCGACCGAUUCGCCCGCGCACAAAUUCGAGCAGCUCGAAGCGCAGCAUCCCGUCCAAAUCUUUUUCUCCAGUGGAACCACCGGCGAGCCCAAAUGCAUCAUCCACACGCAAUGCAUGCUGCUCAACAUGAAGAAGGAGGCGCUGCUCAUGUUGGAUUUGAAGCCCAGUGAUAGGUUCCUGCAGAUUACCUCGUGUGGGUGGAUCAUGUGGGUGUAUCACCUCGUGGCCUUGUCGAUGGGCAGCACGGCUGUUCUCUACGAUGGGUCACCCAUGUUCCCCAAUCCAGGACACGUUGUGAAGGUCGUCUCGCACCUGCAGUGUUCCGGGUACGGUGCCAGUCCGCGCUUCCUUAGCGAGCUCGAAAAGUGGUCCUCCGAAACCAACUUCAGCAUCGGCAAGCAAUUGGACCUGGCCAAGUUCCGCAUGAUGACGAGCACAGGUUCGCCACUGUCGCCCAAGAACGUCGACUUCUUCUACCGCAGCUUCCCGAACCGCGCCCACUUGUGCAGCAUCUCGGGCGGCACAGAUAUGGCGGGUGUGCUGGUGGGCCCGAGCAAGCUCUUGCCUCUGUACGGCAACUUUAUCCAGUGCAAGAUGCUUGGCUUCGACAUUCAGGUGUGGGACGCCGAGUCCGGCGAGCGAAUCGACGACAGUGGUCGACCAGGCGAACUCAUCGUCGCCAAACCCUUUCCCACUCAGCCCACGGGCUUCUUUGGUCCGCCCGAACAGAAGCAGGCGCUGUACGAAAAGUAUCAGGAUUCGUACUACAGUCGCUUCCCCGGCCGCAAGGUGUGGGCGCAAGGCGAUUUCAUCUACCAAGACCCGGCGACCAAGGGGCUCGAGAUCCUCGGUCGCUCCGACGGCGUUCUCAACCCGUCCGGUGUUCGCUUCGGCAGCAGCGAGAUCUACAGCGUCGUGGAGAAGUUCGAGUUUGUUGGCGACUCGAUCGUUGUUGGUCAACGCCGACCGGGUGUUGACGAGCACGAACGUGUGCUGCUGUUCAUCAAGAUGCGCGAUCCGUCUGUCAAGCUGGCUGCGAGCCACGUGGAUCAGUUGAAUAAGGCCAUCAAGACGGCCUACUCGGCAAGACACGUGCCGGAACACACGUUCCAGGUGCAGGACAUUCCCGUGACGCUCAAUGGCAAGAAGACCGAGCUGGCAGUCAAGGCGGUCGUCAACGGGCAGAAGGACUUCAAGCCUUCCAGUGCCACGGCCAACCCUCAGAGUUUGCAAGAAUAUGCACAUUAUGCAGAGCUCGAGAAGGUCGUCGCCAACCGAGCGAAGACUGCUAGAGGGGCCAAGCUGUAG